AGCAGUCGCUCAAACCAUGGCCACACAACAGACCUUUCUGAUUAUUGGAAUAUUUGUUUUAGCAGGAUUUGAUAAAUGUUUCUCCGUUAUUCCUGAGGAAGAGCAGCACCCAAACCUUUGGUAUGUUAAGGGUAAAGAGGCUCUUCAUACAUCGCUCUCCAUGAAGCCCAACCUGCACCGUGCUAAAAAUCUCAUUCUCUUCCUCGGAGAUGAUUCCACACUCACAGACAAUAAUAAUACCAAAUAUGUGUGGAAUAAAAAAGAUUUUGAUGCCGUCAAAGAGGACAAUACUGAUUACUUGAUGGGGCUUUUUGAGCCAAAGGACACCAGGUACGAGCUGGAACGCGAUCCUUCAAUGGACCCAUCGUUGACUGAGAUGGUGGAAAAAGCCAUUAAGAUUCUUCGCAAAAACUCGAAAGGAUUCUACCUCUUUGUGGAAGGUGGGAGAAUAGAUCACGGCCAUCACGCAGGGCAGGCCAAGUACGCUUUGACGGAGGCUGUGGAAUUUGACAGGGCCAUUGCGCGGGCGGCUGAGCUGACGAGUGAACUCGACACCUUGUCCGUGGUCACUGCUGACCACUCCCAUGUGUUUUCCUUCGGUGGCUACUCUUACAGGGGCAAUCCUGUGCUAGGCGUUUCUUAUUCAAAAGCUGAGGAUGGCAAGAGCUUUACUAAUGCACUUUACGGGAACGGUCCAGGAUACCAGAUUGCGAAUGGAACCCGUCCUGACAUGAAUGCAACCAACUCAAGCAGUAAUGAAUAUCUUCAGCAGGCUGCUGUACCUCUAGAUUCAGAAACUCAUGGCUCUGAGGAUGUUGCUAUUUUCGCCAAAGGCCCAAUGGCUCACCUCUUCCACGGAGUCCAAGAGCAAAGCUACAUUCCUCAUGCUAUGGCUUAUGCUGCCUGUAUUGAGCCCUACACCGACUGCCAGCUAGAAAACUAUGGCGUUUGCACUAAGUUCAGCCUCGCGGUGCUGCUGCUGAGCUUGCUCUCCUCACUCACCACCCUUAUGUAA